CAUAUCUCUCAACAUAAAAUCUCAAAACACGAUCCUAAAUCAGACAGAGAAAAUGGCACAAGAUCAGUACAAGUUUGUUUUCACUGCCAAAGAAGCAGAAUCGGAAGGCGUCACCGAACCCUUCAGACUUCCAAAUCUGAUCACAAAGGCGAUGUCACUCGCUCGGGCUCCAAUCUCCAGAUACAAAGUCGGAGCCGUUGGACGCGCACCAUCGGGUCGGAUCUACUUAGGCGUCAAUGUCGAAUUACCAGGUCUUCCUCUUCACCACUCCAUCCACGCCGAGCAAUUCCUCGUAACCAACCUCGCCCUCAACUCCGAGAAAGGCCUCCAUCUGUUAGCCGUCUCCAUCUCUACUGACGGCAACGACUUCGGCGCGCCGUGCGGGAACUGCCGCCAGUUUCUUAUGGAGAUGAGAAACGCGCUUGACAUCCAAAUCCUGCUCAAAUCAAAGCAUGAAGAAGGGUCAUUCAGGAGCCUUAGAUUCCUCCUUCCAGACAGAUUCUCCCCCGGUUCCCCUCUCCUUCUCGAGAAGCACGAUAACUGCCUCACCCUCUCGGGUUCUGCCGGAGAGAUAUGCUCAUCAGAUUGUUCCCAUUUGAAAUGCAAGGCUCUAGCCGCGGCAAACAACUCGUUCUCGCCGUACACUAACUCUCCGUCGGGAGUGGCGCUGCAGGAUGACGAUGGGAAGUGGUACCGUGGAUGGUACAUUGAAUCAGUGGCAUCAAACCCAAGUUUGGGACCGGUACAAGCUGCGCUGGUUGAUUUCGUGGCUUGUGGUCUAGGCAAAGGGUUCGAUAAGAUCGUCGAAGUGGUGCUGGUGGAAAAGAAAAAUGCGAGGGUGAGUCAAGAGGGCACGGCGAAGAUGAUUUUAGACACUAUAGCAGCUCCGAACUGCGAUUUCAAGGUCUUCCAUUGCUACGAGGAUCUCGUAAAAAAAAUGAAUUAUAUUACAAUACCGGAGGUAGAGAACGAGACAAUGGCACAACAGUACAAGUUCGUUUUCACUACCGAAGAAGCCGCAUCCGAAGGUGUCACCGACCACAAGAAACUUCCAAAACUAAUCGAAAAGGCUAGGAAUCUCGCUAAGGCUCCAAUCAAAGUCGGAGUCAUUGGACGCGCAUCAUCUGGACGGGUCUACUUAGGCGCCAAUGUCGAAUUCGAAGGUCUUUCUCCUAGCCUUUCAAUCCACGCUGAACAAUUCCUCAUCGCCAACCUCGCCCUCAACCUCGAGCCAAAACUCACUCACUUAGCCGUCUCCCAUAAUGGCACCGUCUUCCACGAACCGUGCUACCGCUGCACCCACUUUCUUCAGGAGAUGACCAAUGCACCUCAAAUAGAAAUUCUGCUAAAGAACGAAAACGACGAAGACGGAUCAUUCAAGAGCCUCGAGAGCCACAUGCCAGACAAAUUCGGCCCGGAAAGUAUCCUCCCGGCAGAACCCUCUCUCCUUCUCGUGGAGUGCGAUAACCGUCUCGCCCUCUUCAAUCAGGACCUUUAUCCCCUUCUAAAGUUGGUGGCUUUACAGGCGGCGAAAAAAUCAUACGCGCCACACAGCAAGUGUCCGUCGGGGGUGGCGCUGAUUUGCGAAGGGAAAGUGUAUAGAGGAUGGUACAUUGAAACGGUGGCGUAUAACAUUAGUUUGGGGCCAGUACAAGCGGCGCUGGUUGAUUUCAUGGCUCGUGGCGAAGGCAAAGGGUUCGAUAAGAUCACCCGAGCUGUGCUGGUGGAGAAGAAGGAUGCGAAGGUGAGGCAAGAGGACACGGCAAGGACGCUUCUAGAGAAGAUAGCAGCUCCGAACUGCGACUUCAAGACAGAGACAAUGGCACAACAGCUCAAAUUCAUUCUCACUCUUGAAGAAGCAGCAUCCAAAGGUGUCUCCACCCCCAGUGACUUCCUGAAGCUGAAAGAAGAUGCGGUUAUUCUGGCUCGGGCUCCAAUCUCCGGAGUCCAAGACGCAGUCCUUGGACUUGCCUCAUCGUCUCGAAUCUUCUUAGGCGUCAAUGUCGAAUUUGAAGGUCUUCCUCUUCAACACUCCAUCAGCGCCGAGCAAUUCCUCGUCGCUAACCUUGCACUCAACUUCGAGCAAGAACUCCACGCUUGCCUUCUUCCGUCUAGAUUCUACCUCGAAAGCUUCGAGGAAGACGUCCCUCUCCUUCUCGUGCCGCAGAAUAACCGCCUCGCCCUAUCGGAUCCCGUUUCCGCCGCAGAGAUCUGCGCAAACCGCGAGCAUUGUUCCCAUCCGAAGUGUAGAGCUGUAACAGCGGCAAACAAAUCGUACGCACAGUACAGUAACUGUCCGUCGGGGGUGGCGCUGAUUUGUGAAGGGGAAGUGUACAAAGGAUGGUGCAUUGAAUCGGCGGCGUAUAACCUUAGUUUGGGACCAGUACAAGCGGCACUUGUUGAUUUCGUGGCUCGUGGUGAAGGUAAAGGGUUCGAGAUGAUCACCGGAGCGGUGCUGGUGGAGAUGAAUGAUGCGAAUACAGAGACAAUGGCACAGCCCUCCAGCUUCGUUAUCACUCCCAAAGAAGCAAAAUCUGCCGGCGUCUCCGACCCGAUACACCUUCCGUUGCAGGAUCCAUUCGUUCUUGCGCCGUUCUCCACACUCGAAGUCAUAGCCCUCGGAGGUGGAUCAUCUGGUCGGGUCUUCGUAGGAGUCAAUGUCGAAUUUCCAGGUUUGCCUCUCCAUCACUCCAUCCACGCCGAGCAGUUCCUCGUCGCCAACCUCGCACUCAACUCCGAGCUAAAGCUCAACUAUUUAGCCGUCUCCCCUGGCGGAGCUCCAUGUGGCCACUGCCGCCAGUUUCUUCAGGAAAUCCGCGAGGCGCCUGAGAUCAAAAUCAUACUCACUGAUGAAAACGGCGACAACGAAUCAUUCGUAAGCCUCGAGAGCCUCCUUCCAAAGAGACUCGGCCCCGACAGUCUCCUCCCAGAAAAUGUCCCUCGCCUUCUUGAGCCGUGCUAUAAUGGCCUUACUCUCGCGGGUCCUGCUGUCCCCUACCGUUAUCCCGAUCUGAAGCCCGCGGGUCUAGCGGCGGUGAACAGAUCGUACGCGCCGUACAGCAAAUGUCCGUCGGGAGUGGCGCUGGUUGAUCGCCAAGGAAGUGUGUACAAAGGAUGGUACAUGGAAUCAGUGGCGUAUAACCCUAGUUUGGGGCCAGUACAAGCCGCUCUGGUUGAUUACAUGCUUCGUUGCGGAGGCGGAGACGGAGGGUUCAAGGAGAUCGUCGGAGCGGUGCUGGUGGAGAAGAAAGAUGCGGAGGUGCGUCAAGAGCAGACGGCGAGGAUGAUUCUGGAGACUAUAGCCCCCAACUGUGAUUUCAAGGUCUUCCAUUGCUACGAAAUUCCUAAAGAAAACUGAUGCAUAUAUAUUGGUAAGAUGAUGAUAGUUAAAAUUAAAAAGACGAAUAUAAAGGAAAACUAAUAAC